AUGGCGUUCUCCCCGGUGCACUCCGACACCUCCUCUAGCUCCGGCGACGAGCCUGCUCCCCCUGCCCCAACUUUUCUACUUCAAACCGUCAACGUCGGCUCCUACAUCCCUGUUCUCCUCGAUAUGGAUGAAUCCAACUAUGGCCAGUGGCGCUGUUCGUUCGAUUCCAUUCUUGGCAAGUUCGGUCUCGAAUCCCAUGUCCACGCGCCGCCUCCUCUAGAUGAGCGUGAUGCUGAGUUGCGCAUGAUCGACCACUGUGUGGUCAAUUGGCUCCACAACACCAUCGCCACCAACGUCUUCAACAUCAUCUACAAGCCCCAAGCCUCAGCGUUCAUGGUCCGGAGCGACAUUGAAGGCGUGUUCCGCGACAAUGAGCUUCAACGUGCUGUCUACUUCGAGGUCGAGUUCCGCUCCCUUCAACAAGGUGACAUAUCUAUGACGCAGUACACAUCUCGGCUGAAGCAGCUCGCCGACAGCCUGCGCGACGUCGGUCAGCCGGUGUUCGAGUCCAGCUAG